GGCCAGUGACGCACUUCCACUUCGCUGGGCGCGCGGUGGACGGUCUGAAAAGCAGAGCGCGGAUUUGGCUAGGGCCUCGCGGCUCCGGAGCCAAGCAUGGCCUCCUCUCGAGCCUCCUCCACGGCAACCAAAGCUAAAGCACCUGAUGAUUUAGUUGCUCCUGUUGUGAAGAAACCACACAUCUAUUACGGAAGCUUGGAAGAGAAAGAGAGGGAACGUCUGGCCAAAGGAGAAUCUGGGAUUUUGGGGAAAGAAGGACUCAAAGCAGGCAUUGAAGCCGGGAAUAUUAAUAUAACCUCUGGGGAAGUGUUUGAAAUUGAGGAGCACAUCAGUGAGCGGCAGGCAGAAGUCUUGGCAGAGUUUGAAAGAAGAAAGAGAGCGCGGCAAAUCAAUGUCUCCACAGAUGACUCAGAGGUCAAGGCUUGCCUUCGAGCCUUGGGAGAACCUAUCACACUUUUUGGAGAGGGCCCUGCUGAACGAAGAGAAAGGUUAAGAAAUAUCCUCUCAGUGGUUGGAACUGAUGCCUUAAAAAAGACUAAAAAAGAUGAUGAGAAAUCUAAGAAAUCAAAAGAAGAGUAUCAACAAACCUGGUACCAUGAAGGACCAAAUAGCCUAAAGGUGGCCAGACUGUGGAUUGCUAAUUAUUCACUCCCCAGAGCAAUGAAACGCUUGGAAGAGGCCCGUCUCCAUAAGGAGAUUCCUGAGACAACCAGAACCUCCCAGAUGCAAGAGCUGCACAAAUCUCUCCGGUCUUUGAAUAAUUUCUGCAGUCAGAUUGGAGAUGAUCGGCCAAUCUCCUACUGCCACUUUAGUCCCGAUUCUAAAAUGCUAGCCACAGCUUGUUGGAGUGGGCUCUGCAAGCUCUGGUCUGUGCCUGACUGCAGCCUCCUUCACACUCUUCGAGGCCAUAACACAAAUGUAGGAGCAAUUGUAUUCCACCCUAAAUCUACUGUCUCAUUGGACCAAAAGGAUGUCAACUUGGCCUCUUGUGCUGCUGAUGGUUCUGUGAAGCUCUGGAGUCUGGACAGCGAUGAGCCAGUGGCAGAUAUUGAAGGCCAUACGGUGCGUGUGGCUCGGGUAAUGUGGCAUCCGUCAGGGCGUUUCCUGGGCACGACCUGUUAUGACCGUUCAUGGCGCUUGUGGGAUUUAGAAGCUCAAGAGGAGAUCCUGCAUCAGGAAGGCCACAGCAUGGGUGUGUAUGACAUUGCCUUCCAUCAAGAUGGCUCUUUGGCUGGCACUGGGGGACUGGAUGCAUUUGGUCGAGUUUGGGACCUGCGCACAGGACGGUGCAUUAUGUUCCUAGAAGGCCACCUUAAAGAAAUCUAUGGAAUAAAUUUCUCCCCCAAUGGCUACCACAUUGCAACUGGCAGCGGUGACAACACCUGCAAAGUAUGGGAUCUUCGACAGCGACGUUGUGUCUACACCAUCCCUGCCCAUCAGAAUUUAGUGACUGGUGUCAAGUUUGAACCAAUCCAUGGAGACUUCCUGCUCACUGGUGCCUAUGAUAACACAGCCAAAAUCUGGACCCAUCCAGGUUGGUCCCCGUUGAAGACUUUGGCUGGUCAUGAGGGCAAAGUAAUGGGCCUCGACAUUUCUUCUGAUGGGCAACUCAUAGCCACUUGCUCGUAUGACAGGACCUUCAAACUCUGGAUGGCAGAGUAGGCAAGACAAUGGAAGGACUCGGGCCUUGUCCUCUCACCAAGGAGCCAUUUUCCUCAGAGGAAAGAAUUGUGCUGUGUUCUAUCAUGUUUUCUGCCAAAUACCAUGUGUAGGAUUGAAUUUUCACAUCAGCCCCACUCUGAGUAGGCCAGCCUCGAGGUGAUGGCAAAUCCUUCAUGAUUAGAAAGCAAUCCUCGUCUCAGGUUCUGCCAUGAACUUUGUAGACAUUGUUUCGACUUCAUUGCUUUUGGAUGCCCUCCCACCUCUGUCAGUGUUCAGGACUGUGACUAUUCUUUCAUUUUUAAAUUUUUUUUUAUUUGGCAUUUUGAGACAGGUCUGUCUCUCUAGCCCUGACUGUCCUGAAACUUGGUGUAUAUGUCAGGAGGCUUCACAUUGUAAGUGACCCUCCCGCCUCUGCCUUCCGAGUGGUGGCAUUACUGAGAUGUGCUGCCCGGCUGACAGCUGGGUUUGUACUGCUUGAAACAUGGCUCUCUGUAACAUGGUUUGUGCUCCCUACUGAUGCGACCCAGCAGGAAGAUAGCCGAGCAGGGCCUGCGGGCAAGCUCCUCUCUUGCCCCUAAGAAUGGGGUGUCGAGCAGUGAACUGCAGCAAGGAUGGUUUGCUCUCUUCCCGUGGAGCUUCCCGAGGGUACUGACUGCAGCCGCGACUCUGAACUGUGGCUGAAAACCUCUUCCAUUUAAGGCUAUUGUAUCCAUAUUCAAAGGAGUUUUUAUAAAACAAACAUGAUGUCCGUG